UUAGUAAAUUUGAAAUAUUUAUCAAUAUAUUAAUAAAAUAUUGCAGCAGACUGACAUCACGCAACUAUCUUCACCUCAAGCUCAUGUUCUACUGUGUACGUGUAUUAAGAACAAAAGUUGAAUCAUAAACAAAAAGAUAUAAUUCUCUAGAUUUCUAGCAGAUAUCUUGUGUCAUAAAUAGCUUAAAAAUAUCUUCCAAGAUGUUUCAGACAACUUUUAGUCAUCUUCUAGAAAUAUGUUGAAAGUUGUAAGCAUUUCUAAUAAUCCACAAAAUCUCGAGGUUCUCUGGGAAACUUGAAGAAAAUAUCUCAUGCCCUUACCUCUAUCUGACUCCAUUAAAAGACCUUUAUCUUUAUUUAUUUCUUUUUUGCUAACGUGGUCGCCAUGACGAUUGGACGCUCAUCAUUUCCAUCCGUGGCGAGUAUAAAAAUACAAUAUUCGCAUGUCGAACGCGACAUUCUCCGGCGUUUGCAUAUAAUGCUCCUGGAUGACGCAAAUACAGCCGAGAUAUACCUUGAUUAACAUCAUAUUCGUCCGCUUCGACGAUGCCUGGCGAUUGUUCAACCGAUUUGGUACGAAUGUUUACGACCGCCAUACUUUCAAUGCGAAUACGCGCAAUGUAUCGUUACAAUUAUUUAUUCAUCGUUAUUAUAAUCUUGCAAACUCGUCUGAACUCGUCUUGACUCGCAGGAAUCGAUCGCUUCUUCUGGCUUAAGAAAAAGAGCUUUUUCUCUCUCGCAUUAACCUUAUCAAUCAGCCGCGCCAGACGCGCCUCACGUUCAAACGCUUAUCCCCACCUUCGUGUAAAUCCAGAAAGUUUAACCGUCGAACCCAAAAUUACUACAAUUUCUUACAUCUCGAGUCGCCUCGCCAUUGGUCGAUUUGAAAACACUGACGCGACACGAAAUCCACUAAACCGAGACAGAUUAAUGUUGGCGACAUUGACUCCAUUUCAAUUUAAAUUAAAUGUUCUUAAUUUGACAGAAAAUUAUAAUUCUAAGAAUUAGAAAAAAUCGAAAGAGAUUUAAUUAAAUCGAGAUUAGAGUUAAUCUGCAUUAUUAGAAACGAACGCGACAGAGCAAAUCGAAUGUUGAAAAGUCGUUUUUAAAAAGUCUCACGGAAUCAAUUGCGCCGCCAUUGGUCGAUUUCGAAAAGAUUUGUUCGACUCGCCGCCGGUCGAAGACUGUCGAUAUAUCGUCGCACGUUCGAUAAACUCUGUUGCUCAGAAAAAAAAACGCGAUCAACGAAUAAAACAUCCUUUCCCUUGUUUGAGAUCUAAUAAAAUCUUCUCCGAGCACACGAUCGGCUGUACAACGUCUCAUGUGGAACAAAUGAAAUAAAAAACGUUCGGCGCCGAGUUUUAAUUUCGCGUAAGAACGAGCGAUUAUAAACACGAUUUCACGAUCGUCUGGAACGCGUGGCCGGGCGUUCGAAAUAAUUUCCUAAUUUUAAUUAGGAAUUAUGUUAGGAUAUUAACAUCGUGAACGUGUUAGCUACCGUCAUUAGCGAGAACGAAGAGAUGGAAAAAUCCGAAAGCAGCCAGAUGAAUCUCGAGGAGACCGAAAGUCCGCAGAGAUCAGAGAUUAAUUCUCACAUCAAACAGUUUGAAACGUUGAAAAAAUCAGUGGAGAAGUCCAACAAAGAGAUACAGCACUGGAAGAAUCAGAAAUCCAAAUUGCUCGAGAGCAAUAACAACAUCGAAGCAAAUUUCGACAUGUUGUCGCGGCAGGUGUUGGAUAUGGAGGAGAAGUUAUCGGAGAAUAUGAGAAUCCACAUCGCGAAGAAGCAAGAAGUGAAGGAUUUGCAAAACAUGAGAGCGAACACGUCGAACAAACAGUGGAAGGACUGUUUGUCGGGAAUAGGAAAAUACGCGGAAGAUUUUUGUCAAUGGAUUACAAAUUACUCUAGACACGUUUUGAUGAAGGAUAUCGAGAGUCAUCAGAAAGAGUGCAGAAAAGUUGGCAACGAACUUGCGAUUCUAAAGCAACAGUUGGAUGAUCUGACAAGGGACUGCGACGUGGAUUACGUUGAAGCUAACGUGGACGAUAAUGAUUUGUCGAACCUUAAUAAUAUAAUAUCCGAUGCCAGAUCGGGCAACAGCAAUCUAAUGAGAAACAUCAAAUUGGAGGAGGACACGUUGAACAAGAUAGAGGACAAGAUAAAGCGAAGCAAAGUCGCACUUGACGAAUUUAAGGCGAAAGAGAAAACCAAUUUGCAGUAACAUAUUCAAGAUUUGUUUCUCCUUUGGAAUUGAAACGUUUUACGCAUUUUAAAAAAGUACAAAUUAAAUGUAGUUGCUAUAUAAAAUUAACUACUUAAUUCACGACAAGUGAUAACUUAAUUAAUUUACAAUACUAAUUUGUAGAAUACACAUUGAGCGAUUUUAAUUUAAAUUAAUAUGUUAACUCUGGUAUAUAUAUUAAAUAUAUAUAAAGUACAUUACAAA